AGCCCGUCUGGCUCAAGACAUUUUCGUGCUUGCAAACACCUCAGGCCGCGACUGCCCGCGACGCUUGCCAGCGACACCUGCCCGCGAUGCCGGGGGUUGCGUCCAAAGCUGCGCGGAGCGCGAAGGUGCCCCAGCUCGUGGCCAGCACGCCCGCGCCGCUGUCGGGGUACCGCAACGCGCGGCCAGGAGUGGUCCCUCCGUUGGGCCGCCCGCUCGUCGUGGCCGUCCCUUGCUGCGGCAUUGACGGCUGCGGCUUCGCCUUGAAAGACAUGGAGGUGCCGCACUCGGCCGCUCACGUCUUCGACCUCGAACAAGGGUACGCAGAUCUGUUGCAGCACCACUUGGGCGAGUUCGUUGUCGGCGGCUUGCGCGUGGGAAAGGAGAAAGGCGACGUCCUUCGCCCGAGCCUGGCGUCCUUCAAAGGACCAUGCGACGGCCUGGUCUCGGGCCCGCCCUGCCCGCCAUGGUCGGCGCAGGGGUCGAGGGGGGGCGCCGCCGACCCACGUGCGGACGUGUUCUUACGCGUCCUAGAGCUCGUGAUCAAAUUCAUCAAGGAGGCAUCCUUGCAGUUCACCGUGCUCGAGAACGUGGUCGGCAUCCUGCACAAAAUCGCUGGGGAGUCCGAGUCUUUCGGUGAAAAGGUGCUGCUGGUGUUGGGGCAGGAAGCACCGGAGUUCUCUUGGAGUUUCCGCGUGCUCGAGUCCCAGGACUAUGGACUCCCGACUCUCCGCAAGAGAUGUUUCCUGGUCGGUUUCCGCGCGCCGACGGGGGCCGCCAAUUAUUCUGUGCCCCCACCGCUGCCGCACUUCCCCGCCACGCGCCUCGAGGAGUCCUUGGGCGACUUCCCGCCCACCCCGCUGGACUCGCUCACGCAUGCUCUGCGGAAGAAUUUGUCGCACUACGAGGGCCGCGUCCGGGCCCUUCUCCUGGCGAAGCAGGUCGAACCCCACGACGUCAUCAGUUUCUCGUUGGACCGCGGGCCGGGCAAGGUGUACGCGGCCCCUGUUCACGUCAACGUCGUGCCCACCUUCACCACGCACAACAAGUACAUCUUCGUGAUGCGGUGCGGCGAGGUUGCCAUCCCGCAGUCGCAGAGGAAGCUGUCCCGCUACCUUGCACCGACAGAACGCCUGACGCUCCAAGGUUUCCCGAAGGAGAUCGCCGGCAAGGUGGCGGACGAAGCCCUCUGCGUGCAGGCCGCCGGGAACAGCUACCCCACGGCGCUGCUGGCCGCUAAUUUGGAUCCGCUUUUCCGAGUGUUGGCCCAGAGGCACGGGAACAAUUAGUCGGCUUCGCCACCCAUUCCUCCGGGCCUUUUCAGCAAUACUUGGAUGAUCGGCAACGCAGAUUGCACAUGGGGGUCAAUGGUGGGCGCAUCGUCGCCGCCUCGCCGCCGCCCCCGAUCCCACGAAAGGCGCUCGGCUGAGACAACGGACCAGGCGGUGCCGCCAGGCCCGCUGUCUCGUCUGGGUUCAGACGAGCCUCGCCACAGCUAGGGCGCCUUGCCGUACUCGAGCAACAACCGCGCUUCACUGGAGGGGCCGGCGGACUUGCCCGUUGCACCCGCCCCUUCGGCAGCGCAGCAAACGGCUGCGCUCGAGUCGGCCAAGCGCGUGACGGCGCUCCUCCUCAAAAAAACCAAGAUGGGUGGCAGCGCCAAGAAGAGGCCCGCCGCGAUGAAGAAACCUUCGAAGGCCAGCGCCGCUACCAGGAAGCGGCCCAAGGUGACUCUCAAGGAUUAUUUCGCGCGCGCGGACUGAGGCGGGCGCAACAUUGGGAGACGCAUGGGGGAG